AUGACUGCACCAGCCCCCGCCGGAGCCGAGAACAUUAACACCGAUAUUGUCACACUCUCCCGUUUCUUGACGGAAGAACAGGUGAAACACCCCGAAGCCUCGGGAGAUUUCACUCUCUUGUGCCAUGCCCUUCAAUUCUCCUUCAAGUCAAUUGCCUACUACAUCCGUCGUGCCUCUCUUAUCAACCUGACUGGAUUGGCCGGUUCCUCAAACACAACCGGCGACGACCAGAAGAAGCUAGACGUGAUCGGCAAUGACAUCUUCAUCUCCGCCAUGCGCGGCUCCGGAAAGUGCCGCAUCGUCGUCUCAGAAGAAGAAGAAGAGGUGAUCAAGUUCGAUGAGCACCCCAACGCCCGCUACGCCGUCGUCUGCGACCCCAUCGACGGUUCCUCCAACCUCGACGCCGGUGUCUCAGUCGGCACCAUCUUCGGCAUCUUCCAGCUCCCCGACGAAAUCCUCGGCCCCAACAAGACCGUCGGCCCCGAACACCUCCUCCACCCCGGUACCAGCCUCGUCGCCUCCGGCUUCACCAUGUACGGUGCCUCAGCGCAGCUGGUCAUCACCAUGCGCGGCGGCGGCGUCAACGGCUUCACUCUCGAGAACUCCCUCGGCGAGUUCAUCCUCACCCACCCCAACAUGCAGAUGCCUGCCAAGCGCUCCAUCUACUCCGUCAACGAGGGUAACAGCAUGUACUGGGACGAGUGGUGCAAUGCCUACUUCCACAGCCUCAAGUUCCCCCCUGAUGGAGGCAAGCCUUACAGCGCCCGUUACAUUGGUUCCAUGGUUGCUGAUGCUUACCGUACGCUGCUGUACGGCGGUGUUUUCGCCUACCCGGCUGACUCCAAGAGUCCCAAGGGUAAGCUGCGUAUUCUGUACGAGUGUGCUCCCAUGGCUAUGCUGUUCGAGAACGCAGGCGGUCUCGCAGUCAACUCCCGUAUGGAGCGGUUGAUGGAGGUUGUGCCUGAGCACAUUCACGAUAAGAGUGGUGUCUUCCUUGGCUCCAAGGAUGAGGUCCAGAAGAUCAUUGACAUGUACAACAAGUACAAGAAAUGA